AUGCGACUUCCCCCGCUGGCCGUGAUGGCUCAAUGGCCCACGCCAAACUACAUUGACCCGCCGACUCGCGGCCAUGGCGCCAUGAUCGUCAACAUCAUCACCAUGUCUCUGGCGUUCGUGGCAGUAAUGCUCCGUCUAUACACUCGAUUUCGGAUCACAUACAGUGCCGGUAUUGACGAUAUUCUAAUCGUGUUUGGGCUCAUUUUCGGCAUUGCAAUGGUCGUCAUUACCUCGUUCGCGACGGAGGUCUGGGGCUGGAAUCGACACAUUUGGGAUAUCCCGACCUCGUGGCUGCCCACUGUGCAGAAGCUCAACUUGUGUUUCCAGAUCAUGUUCUCAAUGUCAUCCAGUAUCACCAAGAUAUCACUGUUGUGGUUCUGUCGACGACUUCUAGGCGCUGGAAAGGGCAACUUUCAAGUUUAUAAUUGGGCUUUCAUUCUCUCUAUGAUCUUUGUUGCACUUUCUUGCAUUACCUUCACCCUCGUCAGUGUCUUCCAGUGCUCACCUAUCAAGGCUUAUUGGGAGGUCGAGCCCACGUACCCCCACAAGUGCCUGAAUGACCCAGACAUUGUCUUCUCCGCCAGUGUGAUCAACAUCUUUACUGACUUCCUCGCUACCGCCAUCCCGAUGCCUCUCAUCUGGAGUCUGAAACUUCCCACUCGCCAACGUCUCGCUGUCAUCUCCAUCUUCGGUUUGGGUAUCAUUGUCAACGUGGCAGGCUCCGUGCGCACUGUAUACGUGUGGAAGAGUAUGGUGGCUAGUUAUGAUAUUACCUGGGUUGGAUGGCCUGUCCUUGUCGCCGCGGCAGUUGAGAUUAGCCUGGGACUGAUCUGCUCUUCCGCUCCAGCCCUCCGUCCUCUCAUUGCGGCGUUCCUUCCCCACCUUCUGCAAUCCUCCCGCAACAUCAGCUACAAUUACAACAACCGAACCCGCUCCCAGAAGAUCUGGUCAUCAAAUGGCCGCUCGCGAAACUCCCACCACCCCAUCAGCACCGACUCCCGUCAGCCAGGCUACGAAAGCGACCGCUUCGAGAUCAUGCGCACGGUGGAAAUGGAAACAUGGACUGAGUCCAGACUCGCCCACCAUCGCGACAUGGAUAGAUCUUACGAUUUCUCUAAUGAACCUACUCGCGCCAUCUCCCCCACAAGCGCCAUUGAUAUGAAGCAACACGGUGUAGUCAUCACCUCCGCGGCCAGCUCCAAGUCUUCGAGCUCUACACAGCGCGAGAACGAAUGGCCCCUCGGGCAUGGACACCCCAACUGA